CGAUAAAUUACAAAGCCCUAAAAAAUAUAUACCAAAAAAAUUGGAUCUGGGUUGGAUCUAAAUUAAAUCUAAGUGAACCCAAGUUGGAUUCAAGAGAUCCUAUGUUGGGUCCAAGAGAGCACAGGUUGGAUUCAAGAGAUCCCAAGUUGGAUCCAAGAGAUCCCAAGUCAG